CAAAUGGCGAAUAUUCCGCAGCAGCAUGGCAAUCCAUGAGGACGCAACGUCUGAGACGGCAGUUUUCUGCGGUUCUAUCCUAAGCUACUACUUUCCCACAUACAAUAAUAACAUCCUUAGCUUCAACACAUUCAUUUCAUUCUUCCUCAAUGGCUUCUUCUCUCAAUUUAACCACUCUUUCUCUUACUUUACCCAUUCCCCAUCCUCAUCCCCAUCCCCAUCCCCAUCCCUUCUCAUCCACUCGACUCCCUCGUGGCUCGCUCCAACUCCUCCAAUUCAACAAGGUGGGCAAAGCCUUGAAACUCAGUUCCUCUCAAACCAUCUCUGCUUUCCCUUCCUUUGCUUCCCAGGCCCUUCCCGCUUUCGCCCCUGCCCCCCAAACACUCCAAUCCCCCACUGUCUUUGCGGCUAAAGGCUACAAAAUGAAAACCCACAAGGCUUCAGCAAAGCGAUUCCGGGUGACAGGACGAGGGAAAAUAGUAAGAAGGAGAGCUGGGAAGCAGCAUUUGUUGGCUAAGAAGAACACCAAGCGUAAAUUGCGCCUCUCCAAAAUGCACGAUGUUAGUCGGAGUGACUAUGAUAACGUGAUUGGCGCCUUGCCGUAUCUCAAAGUAAAUAGAAAUGCCAAGUGAAGAGUUGCCAUGUGAUGAGUUAUUUAUGUUGCUUUCUUGUGGUUUCUCACAAUUAUGUUAGAGAAAGUUGUGUUUAUUGCUUUAAUCUGUGGUGCACUUAGUGGCCAUUGAUAAAAUUCCUAGUUGAAUUUUAUUUAUUUCAA